CAGAGUGAUGCUCUAAGAGAAGCUAUCUCAGGAAUCAUGGCUGAUUCCAAGGAGAAAAAUCGUAAAUUUGUUCAAACCAUUGAACUCCAGAUUGGGCUGAAAAACUAUGAUCCACAGAAGGAUAAGCGUUUUAGUGGCUCUGUCAAGUUGCCCCACAUCCCUGUCCCCAAAAUGAAAAUUUGCAUGCUCGGUGAUGCUCAACACGUUGAGGAGGCAGAGAAGAUAGGAUUGGACUACAUGGAUGUUGAAGCUUUGAAAAAGCUCAACAAAAAUAAGAAGCUGGUAAAAAAACUGGCUAAAAAAUACCAUGCCUUUUUAGCUUCUGAGGCAGUCAUAAAGCAGAUUCCCCGUCUUUUGGGUCCUGGUCUCAACAAGGCAGGGAAGUUUCCUACACUUGUCACUCACCAAGAAUCUCUUGAGUCAAAGGUUAAUGAGACUAAGGCCAUGGUAAAAUUUCAGCUAAAGAAGGUGCUCUGCAUGGGAGUAGCAGUGGGCAAUGUUAGUAUGGAAGAAAAGCAAAUCUUCCAAAAUGUGCAACUGAGCGUUAACUUCCUUGUCAGUUUGUUGAAAAAGAACUGGCAAAAUGUUAGAUGCUUGUAUCUGAAGAACACCAUGGGGAAAUCUUACCGUGUAUUUUGAGGGAAUUUUUUUUCUUUCAAGUUCAGUGAAUUUGUAAUCGCGCUUAAUACAUUACCUUAAUAGCUGGAUAGGAAUUUUCUUCUUGUUACAGUUUUG